AUGCAGAAUGCAGAGCGGAGCUCCAGAGUACAUCUGAGGCGUUCACGUUGGCGCCGUGCUGUGGGCUGGGACAGUCCGGCUGACCCAGGCCAGCACGGCGCCAACGUGAACGCUCAGAUGUACUCUGGCAGCUCCGCUCUGCAUUCUGCAUCGGGCCGAGGGCUUUUGCCUCUGGUGCGCACGCUGGUGCGCAGCGGGGCUGACAGCGGUCUCAAGAACUGUCACAAUGACACGCCCCUCAUGGUGGCGCGCAGCCGCAGGGUCAUUGAUAUCCUAAGGGGGAAGGCCUCCCGGGCUGCCUCAGGGUCACAGCCCGACCCAUCCCCGGACCAAAGUGUCACCACUUCCCCUGAGAGCGGUAGUCGUCUCAGCUCCAAUGGUCUCCACUCCUCGCCAAGCUCCUCACCCUCACUGUCUCCCCCGAAGGACCCUCCCGGCUUCCCAGUGAACCCCCAAAACUUCUUCCUCCCGACUACAUCUCCACCUGCCUUCCUGCCCUUCCCAGGGGUCCUCCGAAGCCCGCCCGUGCCCCCGGCCCCAGCUCCAGGAAGCAGCUGAGACGGAUGGGGGGGCAGACCCGGACUCAUGAGGAGGGGCCUCCCUGCCCUGUCGGGGGACCACUCUUCUGGAACCUGUGAGGACCUUGCUCUGCUUCCCCCGAAUCUCCAGACCAGGUUUUGCACAAGCACCUACUACUGAGCACAGAUAGCCCUAAUCUCACCCCUUGCCCAUUAUUCUCAGGCACCAGGUACCCUGUCUGGAAUCUACUAGAUGAUUGAUUCUUGGUUCCAUUCCAGGAGUGGAGGAACCAAAGGACAGCCCCUCCCCUGCCCCCUUCCACCCUGAGGAACCAGGAGGAGCACAGGGGUCUGGGGCAGCACUGAUCACAAUGUAAAUUAUUAGGUUUGGGUCAGAUUUCUUUUGUAAUAAACUAUUUUUGUACCAUAUCCCUUGCUUUGGAUCUGUCCUAGGCAGAAGUGUGCACUGAGUGACCUUGUGUCCCAAUGCCGUUGAGGGAGGGGGCUGGGGCUGGUGAUGGCUUGGCGCUAAAAUGAGUUACUAGAACAUUGUGACAUCUUCCCCGGGGAUGCUGUGGGUGUUUCUGAGGAACUCAGCAAUUUGUGGGUCACUGUGGGAACCUCAGCUGACUGUGG